AUGCUCAUCAACUCUGCCCUCUUGACGACUACUCUGGCGGGCAUCGCUACCGCCGUGCCCAACAUCGCCAGGGCAGGUCCACACGGAGGUAGUAGAGGUGCUGGUGCUGGUGGAGUGGAAAAUAGUGGUGGUAGCUGUAAUGCUAACGCACUGUGCUGUGACAACGUCGGGUCGUACAAUCAGCUUCAAGACCUGUUAGGUGGCCUGGUGGUUGGCCUUGACGCUCUGACCGGAAACCUUGGCGUCGGGUGUAUCGACCUCGAUAUCGUUGACCUUUUAGGGGACAACAGCUGCAACGCCCAAGCCGUCUGCUGUGAAGGCACUACCUUCUCCAAUGUGCAAUUGAUCGGCCUUAACUGCGAUCCCAUCGACAUUCUUUAG